CCGCACGCCUGCCCCUUCUGCAGCAUCGCGGCUGCGUACCCGUACGCCACUUCUGACCCGGAAGCAGAAGGCGACGCAGACGCAGACGCAGAUGACGAAGACGCAGAUGCAGGCCCAGACGCAGACCUAGGCUCAGUUGCCCCGCUGCAGCGCUGCGUCCCGGUCGGCGCGGCCGCGGACCCCCAGCUCGUCGACCCCAGCGCGUUUGUCGUGCUGGCUGCGCAGCGCGUGCUCGCGUUUUUGGACAUCUUGCCCAUGACGCGGGGCCAUUUGUUGGUGACGACGAGGCGGCAUAGGGGUAAGGUGGAGGAGUUGGUGGGGCAGGGGGAGGAGGGGCGGGAUCUUGGUUUCUGGCUGCCACUUCUGGCCAAAACCGUUGCUCGAGUAACCGGCGUGACGGAUUACAACAUUGUGCAGAACAACGGUAUCCGCGCCGCUCAAGUGGUUCCGCACGUCCAUUUCCACGUCAUCCCCCGGCCGCCUGCGAAGCCAGAGCUCAAGAACAAGAGCUGGACCAUGUUCGGGCGCGGACAGCGCGACGACUUGGACGACGACGAGGCGGCGGCAUUGGCGGGCGAGAUGAGGCGUGUGCUGCUUGAAGAGGUAGAAAGGCUA